AUGGACCUCGACCCUACCCUCAUAAAGUCGACCAACUCCACAACAAGCCGGAGCAGCUUGAGCGCCAGAGACACAAUCGCAAACCCAAAUAUGAAUACAGCCCGCCUCUCCCGCCGUCUCCUCAUCUUCCAGGAAGCCCGCAACCCAAGCAACAUGAAUGAACUCGUCUACCUCCCUGUCAACAAACUGGGCCUGCCGAUCUGCGGCCCGGGGCCAGAGCUACCCUCCAUCCUGGAACUCCCCUUGCGGAUCCUGAGGGCGUUUACGGAGAUUUUCAAUCAGCCCAAGUAUAAGGGGUGGGCGGUUCUGGCGGCAGGCCCGUACCAUGAUACCUCGGAAGAGGGCAAGUAUUAUGCCGUGGUGCUGGAGCAGACGCGGGAGGAGGCUGUGUCGUGA